AUGUCAGAAAAACAAAAUAAAGUACAAGCCAAAUCUUUUGGUCAAACAAUUGCAACGUUAGCACUGUCGAAGCAAUUCUAUUGGUUUGUGGGACAUGUUUUGGAGAUUAUUUUCUUUAUCUUGAACAUGGUCAGCUCAUUUUUCAGCCGGUCGGCCAAAUAUUACAACUGUGCAUUAGUUGCGGUAUUAUUUACAUAUGGGAUCGUUAUUAAGCAAAUUCACUUCAAAAAUAGUGGUAUUUUUGGAAUUGGUAAGGUGGCCCGUGAUCGGGAGUUGAGGGCCAGGUUGGUGAGAGAUGACAAUGUUCAAUACUUUUUACUUGCGUUAGUUUUCCUUUUGAGCAGUGGAACGAUUGGUGGAGUUGCCGGAGGAUUGUAUUCUUUCACGAUCUUUUCUAUUUUCCAUGUGUUGACGUACUUCCAGACUAAUUUGCUCGGAUCUAUGCCUCUUAACAAGUUGCAACAACAGAACUGGAAUGCGAAAAUCAACCACUUCACUUCGACAUACAAUCAACAAGCAUUAUUAAUGGCUGCUAAUGCUGAGUUCUUGUUACUCAGUGGGUUCCUUUUUACUAUUCCACUUAUGUUUGUUCAGAUCUUUAGGAUUCCACUUUUCGUUGUGGUGAAUACUUCGGUAUUCGCUGCGGUCGUUGUAUUCUUGAAAUUGAGAUACAUUUCGAACAGAUACACGCAAGAGAUUGUAAGCCAAUGGGAUAUGAAGAUCAAUCAGGUUCUUUUAAGUGGUAAAUUGCCUUCUUCAUUAAGCGAGUACUACAACAUAAGGUUGAAGGGAUUGAUUCAAAAGUUGACUGAUCCAAUUCAAUUGCCAGCCGUUGCCUCAGUCAAGAAAUCCAAUUAG